AUGGAUUCCUCCCGAAGCAGUCUUUGGCGCUGUGACUGUCCCUGGGGCGGCGAACUCUUGCGGAUCCGGGUGGAGGUCUACGUGGAUAACGUUCCAGAGAACUUCUCAUACUUGCUGGUGCGACCAGAGAUUCGUGCCUGGUUCGGGCGCGGCAACUACCACGACCCCGAGGACCUGCAGAUGUUGAAACACCAAGCUCCCGGCGAGGCGCAGCUGCAGCAGUUUCAUUCCUGGGGCCUUGGCUCCUUUUGCAGUUCGUUCCUCGAAGCUUCGGAUGAUGUGAGCAUGAGGCAGCAGAGCAGCUGGCGGAUUUCCUGGCAACGGAUCUCCAGGGACUUCCCCGCCGAGGGCGAUUGCUCCCUGAGCUUCUCGGGGGAGUCUUCGGGACUCCUCCUUUGCCGUCCUUCCUCGCAGAGAGCCGCUGAGCGGGCGAAACAUGGUGAAACCAUAACUGAAGCCCAGGACUCCUGGUCUUCCCUCCACCUGCGGCUCUUGUUGGACUCUGCCACUCGUACCGCCCAGUGGUUUGUGAACCGUCCUGGCAUCGAUGAACUCAGGGCGCUCGACAAGGAUUUCUAUAGCGUCCUCACCGUGCAGUCUUGCCGCCGUGGGCUUCCGCUCUUGCCCAUGGCCGUGGAGGAAACCGAGUCUGCGCAGUGCGCUAUGGGCUCCCGGGAUUGGGUGACCAUUGACGACGGGCAAGAGCUUAACCUGGACCGAUGGAUGCGCUUCGAACCUGGAAAGUAUGGCCAAGACAAGUUCUACUUGUCGCAAUACAUCCGACUUUUCUUGGCCAACCUGAAUAUCCACAGCCACUUCCCAGUCUACAACUCAUUGGACGGAUGCAAGUUGGCUUCCUUCCAAUGUGUGGUGCGCAGAGAUGAGUGGAACUCAGUGAGGGAUCGCUUCUACAAAGCCUUCUUGAUGCAGAAGAAGGCUUAUCGUCGUGCCAAUGGUGGCAGCACCGCCCCUUCGCUCCAAGAGGAUGUGAAGCCACGUUUCCUGCAGGUGGAACGUUCCGAGCUACGAGCACAAACCUUGUGGUUGCACCUUCCAGAGGAGCAGCAGGGGAAACACAAAGUGGUAGUGCGAAGAACCUUCUUGGACGUCGAUGACCCCAUCUCCCCCGCCUCCGAAACUGAUGGCCCAUCUCAGCGUUCCAAUCGCCGGCACCGCACCACCAGCAUCCUUCAUGUCCGCGCCUGUGGCGCCUGA